AUGACAUCGACUGCGGAGAAGGAAGGCGCAACGCAGGGGCCAUUUUUUCUGCCGCCCGCCACCGCCCGUCGCCUCGCCGCAUCUCCAUCGCGCGCCGCCGCCGCGUCCAAAACUUUAUUCAGCCUGUCAAUGAUUGUCUCCGCCCUCGUCCAGCACGCUGCCCGCCCGCGCGCAUGGGUCUGCCGCCAGUGCCAGCUGCGGCUGCCCGCCCCGCGCCUCUCUGCGCGCCCCAUUACCCAGGGUCACCUCCGCAAGACCAUCGAGGCCGAGUGGCAUUGGAAGGAGCAGGCCAAAGAGAUCCAGGCCGGCCGCAAGCAAGCCUUUCUGUCUUUUCUUGAGGAGCGCGGAUUCGUCCAGCAGGUCGUCGGCAAACGCGAGGACCUGGACAGCCUCAUGACCGCAAAGCGCAUUGGCGCCUACUGCGGCGUCGAUCCAACCGCUCCUUCGCUCCAUGUCGGCCACCUGCUGCCGUUCAUGGUCAUCUUCUGGAUGUAUCUGCACGGCUUUCACGCCAUCACUCUCCUUGGUGGCGCUACCGCAAAGAUCGGAGACCCAACCGGCCGCACCACCGACCGCGACCAUCAGGCUUCGGCCCUCCGCAAGGCCAACAUGGCUCAGAUGCACGUCCAGAUCAAGAGGCUGUGGGUCAGCGUCGAGCGUGUGGGACGCAAGUACGGCUACAUGCGCGAGUGGGCAUGGAGAAGGGCCUUGAUGAACAACAACGAGUGGCUGAGCAGGGUCGACAUUGUCGAGUUUCUUCGCGUCAUGGGCCCCGCCAUGAGGUUGGGUCCCAUGCUGAGUCGCGACACCGUCAAGCUGCGCCAACAAGCCGGCGUCGGCAUGUCUUUGGGCGAGUUCACCUAUCCAGCUCUGCAGGCCUGGGACUGGUGGCAUCUCUUCAGCAGAAACGACGUCCAGCUGCAAAUUGGCGGCCAGGAUCAGUUUGGCAACAUCCUCGCCGGCAUUGACGCCAUCAAUCACGUCAAGAAAGCCAACUUGGACCCAGCCCUCACUGAAAAACUCGCCGACCCGCGGAAGAAGGGUGUGUUGAAGUCCGCUUUUGGCCUCACAGUCCCGCUUCUGACAACCUCGUCGGGCGAAAAAUUCGGCAAGAGCGCGGGCAACGCCAUCUGGCUGAGCAAGGAAAUGACGUCCAGCUUUGACUUAUAUGCCUUCUUGGUUAGGACUUCGGAUGCUGACGUCGAACGCUACCUGAAACUGUUCACCUUCCUGCCCUUAUCCACCAUCAAAAAAGUCGUCCAAGAACACGAGCUUGAUCCGAGCAAGCGCCUCGCUCAGCAUCUCCUUGCCCGCGAGUUCGUCGACCUGGUCCAUGGUGAGGCAGCUGCCGAGGCGACAGCAGCGCAGCAUCAGGCGUAUUUCGGCAAGCAGCCUCCGCCGCCUGCCGUGCCCGAGACAACAAGCGACGCCGUGCCGGGGAGGCCUGGGGACCCGAAGAAUUUCAUCAACGUAACCAGCGGCAACAAGUUUGCUCCGCAAGUGACUGCCGCAAAUGCCCCCGACAUGAACGUCCUCCUACCCGAGUCGCUAGUCUACGGCAGCAACUUUGCCAAGGUGCUCUGGUCUGCCGGCCUUGUAGCAUCUAGGAGCGAGGGCCACCGCCUCGUCGUCAACCAGGGCGCCUAUGUUGGCGGCGAGCCCAGCUCGAUAGCUCCUAUGGGCGACUCGCUGAAAUUUACCCCGAUCAAGCACGGCCAAAACGGCAUCCCAGAGAAGUUCAUCUUCGACGAGAACCAACUGCUCAUCAGGAUCGGCAAGUGGAAGGUCAAGGCCAUCACCAUUAUUCCGGACAAGGAGUUUGCUGCCAAGGGGCUCACCGCCCCGGGCUGGAAUGCCGAGGAAGGCCGGCCGGAAAAGGAUUAUCACAAAGAUGUUAACCCAAGACAUUGA